AUGAAGGACUUCAAGGAAGCGCCUUUGAUUUUGAACCAAUCCACGCUGGAAGAGCUGCAGAAACAGGACGAUAAGGUUUCAAGGCUCUCGCAGUUGAAAGAAUUUUAUUACAAUGGGUUUUACUCCGAUUUUGAACUCACAAUAUUGAAACACAAGCCAAAUGAUUGUCCUAUUGUUCAGAAAUACUCCAAAUUGGAGACUUUCCAGUACAACAGCAAGUCUGUCACGCUGAACACCUUCUACAGUGAACAUCCGCUUAGAGAAUACCAGAAAAGAACCGCAAACGGACUCAAAGCUGACGACUUCCAGAAAAUUGACUCAUUGCCAGUGCUUAUCUUUAUUCAUGGCCUGGGAGGCCAAUUGUCGCAAUUCGAGCCGGUUUUGCAGGAGUUCAGAAACUGUGCCGAUGUUUUUGGAGUCGAUUUGCCAGGAUUCGGCAACUCCAAACCCAACAUGCUGAAAAAUGGCAAGUUCAAGCUUUCUGAGUAUUCUGAUCAAGAUAUUAAUAAACUGGACACAGAUCUUGCAAAUCUCACUCUUGAAGACUAUACAAGCGAAAGCAUUGCCAGUUUGCUGCUUGCAAUUUUACAAACCAAGUUUCCCAACCGGAAGUUCAUCCUAAUAGCCCAUUCUAUGGGUACUCAUCUCGCCGUUAGACUGACUAAUCUGCUCCCAGAAAAUCGGGUCGAAUCGCUGGUGCUUCUUGCACCUCCCAAACUGGCUCCUAUGAACCUACCUUUUGCCAUGAAAAUUGCCCUUGGACUGUUCACCUACGUCCCCCGCCUGUUCGAUCUCUACAGAUACACCGACCGUUCGGGCGGGUUGAACUCGCCGUCGGUUGUCAAGUUCAUAUAUCCGGAGCAGGACGACCUGCUCAAACGCGUGACCCAGUUCAGAUGGAAUCUCGACACAGAGUCUGAGACUUUCCUGAACUAUCUUAACGGGUUCCAUCUAAUAUCAGCAGAGGACCUUGUUUCUGCGGCCACCAAGGUCAUCAACUCCAAAAACGAGACUCGUAUUUUGAUAUGCUGUGGUGACUCUGAUAAGGUGACGCCGUACGGAGUCAGUUUGGCGAUGAAGAACGUGCUUGAGUCGAGCCAGAUCCCUGUCCAGUUGGAGAAGAUCGAAAAGGCCAACCACUCGCUGUUUCUUGACCGCCCGCACUAUCUCACAGGUGUGAUCUACCAGUUCGUCGAGGCUCUCGGUCUCAACAUCAACUGCACCUGGGUGUUACAGAUCAAGGCCCAAAUCAGUGGGGAUAAGUGGGGGCUCAAGAACAAAGAGAAAUGGGACAAGGUGGUGACACUAUCUACGCCCAUGCAGGCCGCGGGUAAGCCAGUGUCGCCGUUGCUGGGGAUGAAAACGUUGCGCCAAACAGAUUCUGUGCAUAACCCCAGUGUUUUCGAGGAAAGCCAUCCCGAGAUUGCUGCCAUCAUCGAUAUAGGCUCAGAUACGCCGGCGUACGACCCUGCCGCGUUCAAACGGAUCGAAUACGUCAAGUUCAAGACCGAGUCGAAGGUGACCCCGGAUAACGUGACUAUUGUGAGAUUCAUCGGUAAGGCUGACAAAUUGGUGCAGAAACUGGCCGCGGGGCAAUUCAUAGCCGUUCACUGCCACUACGGGCAAAACAGAACCGGGUUCUUUAUUUGCUGCUACUUGGUGGAGAAGCUUGGAUGGAGCGUGAAGGAGGCCCUGGACGCUUUCGAGAAAGCCAAACCUCCAGGAAUCCGCCACGAGCACUUCAAAAACGCGCUAUAUCUCCGAUACGGUGAGUAG